GCCACAGGAUAACACCUUUGCUUUCUGUAAUUUGAAAGAGGCAUUGACGUCUCCUGUACAAGGACACCCAAAAGACCGAGCGAUUUCUUCUUGUGCGUAACAAAUCCACAUUUCAUCUCUUCUUCUCUCUCAUUUACACCUCCAAACUCAAAAAGAUAAAAUCAACCACUCUGAAUCAUCUCCUGUGAAUGGAAGCAAUUCGAAAACAAGCCACAAAGCUUCGAGAACAGGUCGCUAAGCAGCAACAGGCUGUUCUCAAACAGUUUGGGGCUGGUGGAUAUGGAAGUUCAGACAAUGUUAUUACUGAUGAGGCAGAACUCCACCAACAUCAGAAACUUGAGAAGCUUUAUAUAUCAACACGUGCUGGAAAGCAUUUCCAACGGGACAUUGUUCGUGGUGUAGAAGGAUAUAUUGUCACUGGAUCCAAACAAGUUGAGAUAGGAACAAAGUUGUCAGAGGAUAGCAGGAAAUAUGGUGCUGAAAAUACAUGUACUAGUGGUAAUACAUUAUCGAAGGCUGCACUAAAUUUUGGACGUGCUCGUGCUCAGAUGGAGAAGGAACGCGGUAAUCUACUAAAAGCUUUUGGUACACAGGCUGCAGAGCCUUUAAGAGCGAUGGUAAUGGGAGCUCCAUUGGAGGAUGCUCGACAUCUUGCACAACGUUAUGACAGAAUGCGACAAGAAGCAGAAGCUCAGGCUAUUGAAGUUUCCAAACGGCAGGCAAAAGUGAGAGAAAUGCCCGGAAGUCCUGAGCUUGCCAUGAAAUUAGAAGCUGCAGAAUCAAAACUGCAAGACCUGAAGUCAAACAUGGCUGUAUUGGGGAAAGAAGCAGCUGCAGCAAUGGCUGCUGUUGAAGCUCAACAACAGAGGUUAACUCUCCAGCGACUUAUUGCAAUGGUCGAAGCAGAACGUACUUAUCACCAGAGAGUUGUUCAGAUACUUGAUCAGCUUGAAAAUGAGAUGAUAUCUGAACGACAACGAAUUGAAGCACCUCCUGCCCCAAGUGUGGAGAACAACAUGCCACCACCACCUCCAUAUGAAGAAGUAAAUGGUGUAUAUGCUUCUCAAUCACAUAAUGGCUUAACAGAUGGCAUGGGUUACUUUUUGGGGGAGGUUAUGCAUUCUUAUCAAGCUGAAUCUGAUGUGGAGCUGACUUUAUCAGUUGGCGAUUACGUUGUUGUUCGAAAGGUCACAAACAAUGGCUGGGCUGAAGGAGAAUGCAAAGGGAAAGCAGGUUGGUUUCCAUUUGGAUACAUAGAAAGAAGGGAACGAGUUCUAGCAAGCAAAAUAGCUGAAGUGUUUUAGAGCUUUCUGCUGGAUUUGGAUGAGGGUUUUGUGUGGCUUGAUUUGCUCUGCAAAUACUCAAAUGUUGAGGAUGUAUGGUCACAAAAUAGAAUGCCAUAGCUUUCCUCCGUGUGGUCUACAUGGCAACAUUUUCUUGUGUUUUUAUUAAUAUAUGAAUGUAUUAUUUGUUGAUUUUAUUUUAUUUUAUUUUUUUUUCUUUUUGUUGAAAGAAUGUGACCAAGAUUUUGACCUAAAUUUGUUGAUAUUGUGAAUGAUGAUUUGAAGAAACCCAUUACAAGCAGCUAUCUGCGUACUCAACCA